AUCUGUUUUCUGAUUCCUUUUAGGGUUUCAAGUUUCAAUGGCAGAGGUUGUUCAUGAAGAUUUGGUUGAGCAUAUACUCGUAAGAUCAGAUGUGGAGGAUCUGCUACGUUUCAAGAGAGUGUGUAAGUCAUGGCAUUCUUUAAUCACAAGUUCUCGUUUUGUUAAUCGUCACCUUAAGCAUAGUUACAACAAAGAUCGCAUCGACAACCAGAUUGGACAUAGAAGAGUUACUUACGUAGAUGAUGACCGUAAGGAUCAGGAGCUUGUUGGUUCUUCCAAUGGCCUGGUUUGCAUUGCCUCUUUUUUUGGUUUUGAAUUUUCAGUAGUCAAUCCCUUGAUAGGAGAGGUAACACGGCUGAAGAGAGAUUUUAUGGGUUUUUCCUUAUGUUGGGGUUUUGGUUUUGAUUCAUCCACAGAUGAUUACAAGGUCAUCGUAAAACGCAAGAAUCAAACAUGUGUUCGGGUGAUGAGUUUAAAAUCAAAUGUUUGGAGAGUUAUUGAAGAAGUGAAGUACAAAUUUAUUACUAAGACUGGUAUUCUAAGCAAUGGUGCACUUCACUGGAUUGUAGAAGAUGAAAAUAGUAAGAAACUAAUUAUUUCUUUUGAUUUAUCCAAAGAAGAAUUUAAAGAAAUCCCCCAACCUGAUGAUGUAAGAUAUGGAUGUAGUUCUAAUAGUCACCUGGGAAUUGUCAAAGAAUGUUUGUGCAUAUUUCGUCAAUCAAACUGUUGUUUUCUUGACGAUUUAUGGAUGAUGAAAAGCUACAAUGUAAAAGACUCUUGGGAACAUCUGCCGCAUAAUCAUAAUAUGAAGCAUGAUAUUGUACACCACUUGAAGGGAGAUGUAUCAUGGUUUUCAAGUACUUUCGAACAUCAUUGGGGUUGUGAAUGCGGUUGGAAGAAUACUGCUGCACCGAUAUUUGUGCAGAGCCUUGUAUCUCCACAUGUAAAUGGGAGGCCAGCUAGUGCUAUUAAUAUCAUGAGGAAUUCUAGGGGGUUUUCUAUUGAUGCUCCGCCAGACCCUGGAUAUCGCCGUUAUAAUGGGAGUUCUAUUGAUGCUCCACCGGACCCUGGAUAUCGCCGUUAUAACGGGAGUUCUAUUGAUACUCCCCCGGACCCUGGAUAUCGCCAUUAUAAUGGGAGUUCUAUUGAUGUUCCACCGGACCUUGUAUCUCCUCAUUAUAAUGAGAGGCCGAAGCCCGACAAGAUAAUAAGAGGACCAUUUUCCUGUGCGUUGACGCUAUUGAAGAAGCAGUCAAGAUGACAAAUGUUGCAGCAUGAAAAUAGUUUCAGUUGUCUUCUUUCUAUGUCUUCCACUUGUAACUGGCAAUAAUAUCGGACAAGUGUUAAAGCUGAAGAUUGUAGGGUUAUGAGUUUUGCUUGUUCAUUUAGGUGUCUGGCUUCUGGUUUAUAUUAUCUUGUCUUUGAUGCA